CCACUCCCUAGCGCGUCCCUCUCUCUUCUCCACCACCUCGCGCACCUUGCCUCCUGCUGCUCCCCGCCGCCGCGCCGCCGUCUCGCCGGAGUCCCGCAUUACCGCGCGGUGAGAAAAUAUGUCGGAACAAGCUCACAGCGUGGCAAUAGCGAUAGAAGAAGACAUGCUGCUUGGAGAUUCAUCACUGCUGGAGGAAGCUGAGAGAGGGGCAAUGCCGUCAGGAGAAGGCGUGCUGCUUGGAGAUUCGUCACAGUCUCAGCUGCAAGAGAUCAGUGUUAACCAUGAGAGUAUGUUGGAAGAAGCUGACAUCGUGGCAAUAUCUAUUGGAGAAGAGGUUCUGCAUGGAGAUUCAUCGCUGCCGAAAGAAGCUGACAGCAGAGCAAUAUCUAUUGGAGAAGAGGUGCUGCAUGGAGAUUCAUCGCUGCCGAAAGAAGCUGACAGCAGAGCAAUACCGUCAGGAGAAGGCAUACUGCUUGGAGAUUCGUUGCAGUCUCAGCAGCAAGAGAUCAAUGCUAACCAUGAGAAUACGGCGGAAGAAGCUGACACCGUUGCAACACCGUUAGGACUUAGGAGAAGGCUUGGAGGUUCAUCCCUGCUAGAAGAAGCUGACAGAGUGGCAAUAUCGAUAGGAGAAAAAGUGCUGCUUGGAGACUCAUCGCUGCCGGAAGAAGCUAACAGGAUGGCAAUACCGUCAGGGGAAGGCUUACAGCUUGUACAUUCUCCGCAGCCUCAGCAGCAAGAGAUCACUAUUGACCAUAGUCCACACAUGUCGAUUGAUGAGUUGCUCAAGGUGAUAAAAGGAGCCAAUGGCAUGCCGGUGCUGUUUGUCCCCUCCAGCAAUGGCCGACUGGCAGCGGUAGCCGUGGAUGGCCUUCAGAGUCUGGUACCUGCCAAUCGCAGCAACGAAGAGUCUGCUGAAAAGAAGCACGAAGCUUUCUGUUCCUGGUUGAUGCUCCUGAUGUCACUGGUCGCCACCGUCACCUUCACCGCAGGGCUCACCCCACCCGGUGGUUUCUGGGCCGCCGACGACAAAUCCAACGGGCACGUCGCUGGUAUGUCAGUUAUGCGCAGCAAAUCUUACAGGAGGUACUUGAACUUUUACUACAGCAACACGACCGCUUUCUUCACAUCCUUGAUGAUCAUUGGAAUGCUCGCCAGAAACAUAAAUAACCUACAGAGCCCACUUACUUGAAGAGUAAUAUUUUCAAAGGCGUGGUAGUUACUUGUUUUAUGAGCUUGGGGUGUAGCUAUAUCUCCGGAACGUGGGACGGAUCACCUUUUCGACUGAUUUACCCCAUUACUGUGUUUCUACUCAACAUUGUUUACAUGGUCCUGCCUUGGCUUCAGAAUUGGAUCCAAAGCCGCAGUGGAUCCAAUGCAAGAAACCCUCAAUAGGUUGGCUUGUUGCUACGAAUAAAUUAGUACAGUAAGGAAGAUGAUUUUACAGAAGAAACAAGAAGAGAAGUCCUUACAACAGCCUGCCUGCAAAUUUAUGCCGUCACAGGGGGAAACAAUUGGCCUGUUUUCGAUUUGUAAACGUGUGUGAGAAUUGGUUUGCUAUUCAAGACUCCUAUUUGUAAACGUCAAGUUGUAAUUUGAUUCAUGUCAAGAAUACUCCAUCAUCUCUUUUUUGGGUUCAGACUGGCUGAAUUUGCACAACAGUCACCUCAUUUUGCCUAUGUGAACCGUCAGAUAAAAAACAAACAGCCUAGAUUUAGCUUCUAAUCUGAACCGUUUGCCUCAUUUUGCCUCUGUGAACCGUUUUCUCCUGUAAAUAUUUACUGUACCGCCUAAUCUGAACCGUUUGCCUCAAA